AUGGACCCUUUAAUAUCACGGAGAAUUGGUGACUUCAUGAAAGCUACUGGUAAGCUAGAAAAUAUCCAUCAUGAACAAAAAGGUCUUAGAAAACCUUUAAUGGAUAUUAUGAGUUUAAAAGACUCGGAUUAUGACAAUUUAAUGUCAAAAUUAGAAAAUGAUAUUAAUUCUUAUCGCACUUAUG